UCACGUUGAAUUCUUCUGCCUUUAUAAGAUUUCUAGCAGCCCGUGGGGAAAUAUGUAAAAAAGUUAUAACAAGAUGGCACAAUCCUCCAGGGAGAUUUUAUGUCUUUAAAGUGCAAACAAGGCUAAUUGUACCUUGCCAGCGAGCUUGAGUAGUGUGUAUGUGCGCGCGCGCGCGUGUGUGACUCCGGAUCUAUUCGCAGCUCUAACCUGACUGCUCCCUUCCCUUCCACUCCGGAUUUGGCCAGCGAGAGGGGAAAACGAACAGCUGCUGCAAACGUUUUUAACACGGUUUUUUGGGGACGGGGAGUUUCUGAUGCCGUCAGCCGGGAGAGGAUCGGUGCACGGCCGCAGCGAAUAGAAAAUCAUGGCCGAAGACUAUUGGGAGUGCACGGCGUCGGCGGCGGCUUUGGGAUAUUAAGAUUUACAAGGACACACGGGAAUCUCACGUCCUCCCCUGGGGCGGACUGAACAGUGGCUGCCCCUCCUUCCUCAUCGAAUCGGCCCCCCCUGCCCCCUCUGAUGGAGCGAGUGAGGAAGAUCAAGCGGCAGCUGUCCAUGACGCUGCGGGGGGGCAACAGCGGGGACAAGAACAUGACCGAGAGCAUCAGCUCUCAGGACACAGGAGCACACAGCGACUCCGAGGCCAUGCCAGGCGGGGGUAGUGCCACUCUGCGUGGUUCAGUGAGAGGAGCGGGCGGCUCAUUCAGCAUGCACUCGCUCCUGCAGUCCUACAGCAGCGCCCUGCACCGGCCGCGCAGCCUGGGCCGCAGCCUCAGCUCCUAUCUCAACCACACCACACGCCUCGAGAUCGUCCACGAGGACGUGAAGAUGGGCUCGGACGGAGAAAGCGACCAGGCGUCUGCCACCUCCUCCGACGAGGUGCACAGCCCGGUGCGCGUGAGGAUGCGCAACAACGCAGGGCGCAAAAUUUCCACUGAGGACAUUAAUAAAAGGCUGUCUCUGCCGGCUGAUAUCCGACUUCCAGACGGCUACCUGGAGAAGUUCAGUCUAAACAGCCCGAUGUUUGAUAAACCACUGAGCAGACGACUGCGUAGAGUCUCUCUGUCAGAAAUUGGUUUCGGGAAGCUGGAAACCUAUGUGAAACUGGAUAAACUAGGAGAGGGCACAUAUGCUACGGUGUAUAAAGGUCGCAGUAAACUAACCGAUAACCUCGUGGCUCUCAAGGAGAUCCGUCUGGAACAUGAGGAAGGAGCUCCCUGCACUGCCAUCAGAGAGGUUUCCCUGUUAAAGGAUCUCAAACACGCCAACAUUGUGACUCUGCAUGACAUCAUCCACACCCAGAAGUCUCUGACGCUGGUGUUUGAAUACCUUGAUAAAGAUCUGAAACAGUAUCUGGAUGACUGCGGGAACUGCAUCCACAUGCACAACGUGAAGCUCUUCUUGUUCCAGCUUUUGCGAGGACUGAGCUACUGUCACAGACGCAAAGUCCUCCAUCGAGACCUCAAACCCCAGAAUCUCCUCAUCAAUGACCGUGGGGAGCUCAAACUGGCUGACUUCGGUCUGGCUCGAGCCAAGUCGAUUCCCACCAAAACGUACUCGAAUGAAGUGGUGACUCUGUGGUAUCGCCCACCGGACAUCCUAUUGGGCAGCACGGAUUACUCCACCCAGAUCGACAUGUGGGGCGUCGGCUGUAUCUUCUACGAGAUGGCUACGGGUCGGCCGCUGUUCCCAGGAUCCACGGUGGAGGAGGAGCUGCACUUUAUCUUCAAACUGCUAGGGACACCUACAGAAGAAACCUGGCCUGGAAUAACCUCCAAUGAAGAAUUCAUCUCUUACAACUACCCCCGUUACCGUGCCGACUGCCUCCACAACCACACCCCUCGGCUGGACAAUGAUGGCGUGGACCUGCUGUCCAAACUGCUGCAGUUUGAAGGAAAGAAGCGCAUAUCUGCAGAGGAAGCGAUGAGACACUCGUACUUCCACUGUCUGGGAGAGAGAGUUCUCACACUGCCUGACACUACAUCGAUAUUUGCACUUCAAGACAUUCAGCUGGAGAAGGAGACGACCAUGAGGACAAGCUCGAUGUCCGACUCCGUGAACAGCAUAUCUCAGCGGCAGAGUCUGCUCUUCUGAUCGGCUGGAGGCGCGACUAUGCCAAAAGAAAGAAGAAAGGAUGAGGAACGGAGAGAUGUUUCAGUGUGCGAUUACGAUGAAGGGAUCCCUGUUUGUCUGUUUUCUUUUCCUCACUUCUCUGAAUCAUUGCUGUCAUGUGUCAUUUGUUUUUAGGAGGACAAAAAAAAGGGGGGUUGGGGUUACUAGAUGUUUACAUGGGAAGAUGAGAAUCAUGUUUGUUUGUGUUUUUUUGUAUUUAUAGCGUUUGUGUCCUGAUAAUGCACUCUGUUUGCAUGUACCUAUAAGCCAUGUUCCCUUCCCGCUCACUUUCAAUCGUAUGACAAAACAAAAAACACGGAGCGACUGCACGUCAGGUCGAAUUGGACUUCACUGUAAGUGAUUUAUUGGUUUUUUUUUUGUAGUUUAUUUUGAAUCCGUUACCAGAACCACUAAUGAUGAAGCGAACGGUUAAUAAUAAUAAUAUCCUUGGCUUCAGAACUGACUGUUGAACAGUAUUGAAUACUGUUAUGCAUUCAAGCCUUUGUUUUAGUCUUCCUCCUCAGCGUUCUCAAUCUGCCCCUCACACACACUCACGCAUCACACACACACACACACACACACACACACACACACACACAC